CUCUCUCUAAUCUAUGUGGGAUCUCACACUGCUAUCAAUAUCUACACGAUCUUUACCAUGAUCACGUGACAUUCUAUCCACACAUUUGAUACGUAAUUAUUGAAGUAAAAAGUUAGGUUGGCGAAGGUUUACAUGUGUGAGUUUGGGUGUGGCUGUGUGUGUGUAUGGGCAUGCGUGCCAGCCACCCCAACGCCCACUAGCUGAAGUAGGCAGUCAAAAGCAAGAUGUCCAAAAGUCUCUUCGUUAAUUAUUGCUACUCUUUUUGUUUGUGUGGCUACCCCACACCAUCCCUCCUCCUUUAUUUACUUACCUCUUCACCUCUCAGGACACCCAAAUCCCAUUGAAUAUCCCUUCCCUCUGUUCUUCCCUGCUAAUUAAAUGUCUCGAGAAGACGUGAAAUCCCCCAAACACUGCGCCAAUAAGCAACAAUUGAAGCUCGACAAGCACUACAAGAAGCUGUUCCUCGCAGCAUCAGCAACCUUAUCCACAAUUUCGCUGCUCAUCCUCCUCCUCUGGCUCAUCCUCCGCCCAUCCAAGCCAGAGUUCGACCUGCGUCAGGCGGAUGUCUACCAGCUCAACCUCAUAGACCUUCACCUCCUCAACUCCUCCAUUCAGCUCACCCUCUCAUCCAAAAACCCAAAUCAAAAAAUGGGUAUCUUCUACGACCAGCUCCAAGUAUACGCCGCUUACAAAGGGCAACAGAUAACCAUGGGCACCUCCCUCCCAGGCUUUUACCAGGGGCAAGAAGAAAGCAAUUUGUUGACGGCUUUCUUGGCCGGCAGCAGCGUGCCGGUGGCGCCGUCGUUUGGGUAUGAAGUAGGGCGUGAUCAAAGCGCUGGGCGGUUCGUGCUCAAAAUCAAAGCCAUGGGGCGGCUGCGAUGGAAGCUGGGGAGCUGGGUUUCUGGGCGCUACCGAUUUAAUGUGGAUUGUGUCGCGGUGAUGCCUUUUGGGCCUACGCUCCCGACGGCUCCCCUCACUUUGACCCAACCCACUCGCUGCUCCACAACGCUUUGAGUUCAUCAUAAUCCCUCCUUGUUCUUCCCCUAAUUGCAUUGCUUUUAUGCUAUGUUAUGGACUUUGUUACCAAUAGCUUGCUCUGUAUAUUACUUAGAAAUUGAAAUACAUUUGUAGUCAGUCGAUUAUACGAGCACUAAUACACUAAAUUCUACUAUUUCGU